UAGAGUCCUGCUCCGAUUAGCUUAAAUAUCAUACACCCCGCAAUAUCUACCCCGUUUUACUGGUUCUACUGCAUCCUCAUUUUUGAAGUCGCAUAUCCAGCUUGACGGUUUUUUGUUUCCUGUUGCAAAGCCCUUUUGGCCAUCUGAUCCCAAACGCGCUUUUUUAUCUUCACGAGAAUCCGCGAUACGACCUAUCAACGCAAAGUUUUGACGACCGCAAACCAUCUUCAAACCGGCUCCCAUUUAUCGAAUUUCAAUUUCUUCAGCAAAUAAUUAACAAGAUGCGCUUCAACUUCGCAGCUCUCGCCCUUACUGCCCUGGCUACCACGGCAAACGCUGCUGGAUACUACAACACCACUGCACCAGCUGGUACUGGAACAGCUCUCGGGACGGCCGUAGGCACGGGCACCGCUGUUGCAUCGACAGGCGGCAGUUUCCCGACAAGCACAGGAAGCCCAGAGAUUGAUAAUGCCGCCCCUGCAGGGCGUGGAUAUUCCGAUAGACUGACGGGCUCCAUAUUGGCUUUGGUAGUCGCUGCCGGCGUCGCUCUGACGCUCUGAGUUCCUUUGAGAGAAAACACAAAGCAGCAUAUUUUGCAACAUCUUGGGCGUUCGUAAUUUGCUGCUGGCAGCAAUUGGAUUAAUAUUGGGCUUGAGAACUUAAUAGAGGUUGCAAUGACGACGGUGCUCGCAGCAGUAAAAAUGGCAAUGUAGAAUAGUUAAUGUCAUGUUGAUAUGAUAGAUAUUGUCAAUGAAUAAUAUUGUUUUCCUCCUCGAGAUG